UUUAGGCUCUCAAAGUUUUCACAUCACCAUUCAAUUUAGUUUUAAUUUUUGUCAUUACGACCCCUUAACCUCAAACUUUCCUCACACACAAUUUUACAAUCUUAUUCUUCUAAACAUAAUCCAAAAAAAAAAACAAAAAAAACUAUAGUCCGUUUUUCAAUGGCUCUGUUUUCCUCUGUUUCACUCUGCAUGCUUGUUUUCUUCUCUUUCUUUUUCUUCACAUGUUUCUCAUCAAAACAUAAUAAACACCACAAUGUUAACGACUCUUUCUCCCUUUCUUUCCCUCUAACCCUUUCCAUAAACUCAACAACAAAAACAAACCCAAUUGUCCCAAGCAUUUCACCUUACAAAUAUUCUAUGGCCCUUGUUGUGACUCUUCCCAUUGGAACACCACCACAGCUUCAACAAAUGGUUUUGGAUACAGGAAGCCAAGUUUCAUGGAUUCACUGUGACAACAAAAAAGGACCACAAAAGAAACAACCUCCUACGACUUCAUCGUUUGAUCCUUCUCUUUCCUCUUCUUUCUUUGCUCUCCCAUGUAACCACCCACUUUGUAAACCUCAAGUUCCUGAUAUUAGCCUUCCCACGGAUUGUGAUGCCAAUCGAUUAUGUCACUAUUCUUUUUCCUAUACUGAUGGAACUGUAGUCGAGGGAAAUCUUGUUAGAGAAAAUAUUGCUUUAUCUCCUUCCCUAACUACCCCUCCUAUUAUCCUCGGUUGUGCUAAUCAAUCCGAUGAUGCUAGGGGUAUUUUGGGAAUGAAUCUUGGUCGCCUCUCCUUCCCUAAUCAAGCUAAAAUAACCAAAUUCUCUUAUUUUGUCCCUGUAAAACAAACGCAGCCUGGAUCCGGUUCUCUUUACCUUGGAAAUAAUCCAAAUUCAUCGUGUUUUCGUUAUGUUAAAUUGUUGACUUUUAGUAAAAGUCAAAGUCAACGCAUGCCGAAUCUGGAUCCCUUGGCCUUCACGCUUCCAAUGCAAGGGAUUAGCAUUGGUGGAAAAAAAUUGAACAUUCCGCCUUCUGUUUUCAAACCGGACACUACUGGGUUUGGCCAAACCAUUAUUGAUUCUGGAUCAGAAUUCUCUUACAUGGUAGACAAAGCUUAUAAUGUGAUACGGAAUGAGCUAGUUAAAAAGGUUGGGUCCAAGAUUAAGAAGGACUACAUAUACGGUGGAGUAGCAGACAUUUGUUUUGAUGGAGAUGCAACUGAAAUCGGACGCCUUGUGGGAGACAUGGUGUUUGAGUUCGAGAAAGGAGUGGAGAUAGUGAUUCCGAAAGAGAGAGUUCUCAUUGAGGUGGACGGUGGAGUCCACUGUUUUGGAAUUGGAAGGGCAGAAGGAUUGGGUGGAGGGGGUAACAUUAUUGGCAACUUCUAUCAACAAAAUUUAUGGGUAGAGUUUGAUCUGGCCAAACAUAGAGUUGGUUUCCGUGGGGCUAACUGUAGCAAAUCAGCUAAAUAUAGCACGAGAAGGGUAAAUGGACUCAUGUAGUUGAGUUAUCUUCACAUUCACAGUUCACACAUUGCUAACCGUUGAAUUCAGACCAAACAAUUUACUUAAUAUGUGAUUUUUGUUCUAAGAAACCUAAAAAAUCUUGUCCUAAAUCUAAAAUGUCUGGUCUAAAUUCAACAAUUACCAAUGUGCUAACUGUGCAUUGAGUAUCCAGACUAUAGGAAGUUUUGAUCCUAGAAGUAGCUGAUGAUAGUAAGA